GUUGUGUGGCCCUUUGGGCGGCCGGGCCGGGCCAGGCGCCGGGGCCGGGGAUGGCGGCCUCCUCCUCCUCCUCCUCGCCCCCUUCUUCCUCCUCGACCUCCAGUUCUUCCCCCGGCUCGUCCAGCAACUGGCUGUCUGGGGUGAACGUGGUGUUGGUCAUGGCCUACGGGAGCCUGGUUUUUGUGCUACUCUUCAUUUUUGUGAAGAGGCAGAUCAUGCGCUUCGCCAUGAAGUCCCGUCGUGGCCCCCAUGUGCCGGUUGGUCAGCAUGCUCCUAAGGGCUUGAAGGAAGAGAUCGACAUCCGACUGUCGCGGGUGCAAGACAUCAGAUACGAGCCCCGUCUGUUGUCCUAUGACGACGUCAGGCUGCUUCAGCUGGAGUCUCCUCGAAACCCGUGUAGUUCUUAUAACUAUGUAUAUAGGAUGAAGGCCUUAGAUGCUGUUAGAGAUUCAGAUAUCCCGUUCUCUGCUGAAGGCCGGCACCCCAAAUCCUUGAUAGGGAAGAAUUUCCGAGCCUACUUGGUGGACCUGCGGAACUCUAGCACCCCUUUCAAAGGCAUCCGCAAGACUCUGAUCGACACCCUCUUGGAUGGGUAUGAUAACGCCCGCUACGGCACAGGGACUUUCGGCAAAGUAGAAUUCCUCAAGUACCAAGAAGCUUUGUAUGAGCUGGCAGCAAUCAUUAAGGCCCGAGGAGGUGGCAGCCAGCGGCAGCAUCAGUCGGCAGCCAAGGACCUGACCCUAUCGCCUGACAUCUCCGGCCCCACCAUCCAGGUCACCUACCUGCCCUCCAACCAGAAGAGCAAGCGAGCCAAGCACUUUUUGGAGCUCAAGAGCUUCAAGGACAACUACAACACGCUGGAGAGCACCCUGUGAUGGCGCGGCCCCCCACACCGGAACAGGGCGCCAGGGGCAUCGCCCCUUCUCUCGCGGCCCGGGGCUGCUCUCGCGUUGCCCGCCUGGACCAGGAGGGCCUUUUGCCUGUGCGUGGGCAGAUGGCCACUGCCCACCUCUGUCGGCCAUCUGAAGCGAAGCAAGUUCUUGCGUUCAGGUGGCGUUGCCCUGAAGCAUUCCCCGCCGCACACAAGCACACUUGCCGUCUGUAAAUAAGACACAUGGUUACCUCUUUAAUUUAUUGAGAAAGGAUUUCAGGCCCAGGCAUGUUUCUCCCUUCCCAUGAUCUGCUGAAAGAGCCAAGAUUGAGCCGGUGGGAAGCCCGUCAUCUGCCCUCUUCCACAGGGGAGGAACAAUCCCUUGUUUUACUUCUGUUCCUUCUGCCGGGCACCCGCCUGUGUUGGUUCCCCCCCCCCCUCACUGUUCCUUCACUGGGUUUGACCCUGCUGGCAGCCACCCUGAGAUGGCUCUUCCUUGCAGGCAGUGGGAGACAGCCUGGCUGGUUUGUGAAUGGUUAUUGCGGCGGGGGGGGGGGGUGCUUUCCUGCAGCCUGCCCUCCUUGGGCUGGGUUCUGCUGAGAAGGCGGCUUGCUCCUGUGGCCCGUUCUCUUCACCCACGUGCUGCCCCUGAGCUGAAGUGGAAGCUGGGCAGAGGGCGGUGCCUGCGGGGUGGGAGUGGCCGCGUGGCUGGCGCCGCUUUCGCUCGUGGCUCUCGGCGCAGGCCCUGCCAGCCCUUCUCCAGGAAUGGGGCCACAGUCGGGCCUCCUCUCUUUUUAACGCUGCUGUUUAAUAAAACGGACACAAGCCUUGCGACGA